GCAUUCAGUGGGGGCUGGACUAGCUGGUGCAUGUCCCCUCGCUGAAAACUAACACACACACACGCACACAGUCACAGUCCAGGCUGGUUAAUCCAGUUCCAUGCAUUGUACCUGACGUAUCCCAGUCCAUUCCGAGAGGAACUUCUCUAUCCUGGAUUUCCUAAUCGCUGCUGCUGGUUGGCUACAUUGUAUCAGUUCCCACACGAAGAACCAGCACGGCGCUCAUCCAGAGACGGUGAAUACGGAGGAAUUAACCUGGAUUGAAAGCUAUUCGCUGUGGGAAUAAUUGAUAGAGGGUCGCUGGAGAGGACCGGACUUGUGUCUGGCUUGAGACGGCACCGAUAAAAAUGCGCUCGGGACUCGGCUGUUUACGCUGUGGACGGUAUCUCGAAGUGUGAUGGCAGAAGUCCAGUGAAUCGCUGGCCUCCCCUCCUCUCUUGUGUUGGAUGUCUUGGGGAGUGCGCUGCCACUGCUUUCUGGUGCUUCAGAUUUUUUUUAGAGGUUUUCUUAUAAGUAAAGCAUAAUUACCGUUGAUUUGUUCUUUUUAUGGAGCAUACACCACCAUGGGCAGACCACGGUUUGGAAUAGGAGUGUCUAGCUAAGUCGGUAAGGUAAAAUGUGGUUAAAUGGGACAGGAACAAGUAGACCGUGAGGAUUCUCUAACCCUUGCCCCUGUGUCCCAACCGUCUAAGAGGGUGUCGGACCUCACUGAGGCAAUCCUGGGCCGUUGGCACUAAAAUGUCCCUAAGUGGUGGCACUGCAGGCGGGAAAGGUGUGGACUCUAAUGCGGUGGACACUUACGACAGCGGGGAUGAGUGGGAUAUCGGUGUUGGAAAUCUGAUUAUUGACCUUGACGCUGACUUAGAGAAGGACAAACUUGAGAUGUCUGGCACCAAGGACGGUAUGGCGGCACCACCAAGUGCAGUUGCGGCAUUGCCUGACAACAUCAGGUUUGUUAGUCCAGUGUCUGGCUCUCAAGGCAAGGAAAGUAAAUCCAAAUACAAGCGCAGUAAGAACUCUAAAGACAAUAAUAACAAAGCUUCAGCUGGAGAUGGGGGUAAAAAAGAAACUACAGGGCGGACUCAAGGGGAGCCAACAGGCACAGCAGCAAGUGCAGCAGCUGCUGGCAACAAUUCCACCUCUGGGAAGAACAUGGAAAAAGUGGGAAAAGCCUCCAGAGGUGUUCUCGGCGGUAAAAAAGAGAAAGACGGGGCUAGUGGGAAAAGCAAGAAGGACAAAACAGAUGGCGCCCCUGUCGUUGCAAUAGGUGUCACAGAGAAGGACGUUGUCUCUCAAGCCCAGGUUGCUUUGGGAAAUAGUCGUAACGCAUCCUUUGAGAACACGCAAUCAGCAGACUUGGCAGAUGCCAAUCAAAUGGGGAAUAUUGCACUUGAACCUGUUGGGAUAGUACCAGCACUGACUACAAAAACUGAACCAGAGGAGGUGGAGAAUGGUAAUGGAGAAUGCAAGACGUUAAAGAAGGUAAAAAAUGAAAAGAUGGAAUCUCCUGUCUCCACGCCAGCUCCACCCCCCCUCCACCUCCUGGCCACAGUAGGCAACAGUGAGAUUGCCUCACCAUGCGAGCAGAUAAUGGUGCGCACACGCUCGGUGGCGGUGAACACAUCAGACGUGGCCCUGUCUACCGAACCGGAGUGCUUGGGGCCCUGUGAGCCUGGAACCAGUGUCAAUCUUGAAGGCAUAGUGUGGCAGGAAACUGAAGACGGCAUGCUAGUGGUCAAUGUUACUUGGAGAAACAAGACAUAUGUGGGCACCCUGUUGGACUGUACACGGCAUGACUGGGCUCCCCCGAGGUUUUGUGAAUCCCCUACAAGUGAUCUGGAGAUGAGGAAUGGUCGCGGUCGGGGUAAACGAAUGAGACCGAAUAGCAACACUCCUCUCAACGAAAACAGCAACUCAUCAGACAGCAAGGGCACCACCAAUAAUAAGACACGCGCAGCCUCUAACAGCAAGGGUCGGAGGGGCAGUCAGACACCAUCAGAACGCCGUACCCCACCAAACAGCAACACCGAGGACAUCAAGGCCAGUCCCUCUUCAGCCGGAAAACGAAAGACCAAGCCAACCUCAGACAUGGAACCCAAUUCCAGUUCAGAGGACACAAAAGGCAACAAACGCAUGCGGACAAAUUCCAACAGUGGAGGGGUGGGACCUACAGGCCUUCCUAUCCCUUCUAUUAAGACUGAGCCACUUCCACCUCCCCUCGAUCGUAGCUGCCCUUCCCCUGUUCUUAUUGACUGCCCACACCCUAACUGCAACAAAAAGUACAAGCACAUUAACGGUCUCAAGUACCACCAAGCCCGCGCUCACAAUGAUGAUGACAUUAAGUUGGACUUAGAUGGUGACAGCGAAUAUGGGGAGGACUCAACUCUCCAUCCUGAACCAGGAAACUGUAAUGGAGCAUCUAUCUCUCAGAAAGGAUGCCUGUCUCCAGCACGUUCAGCCACUCCAAAAGGCAGGAACUUUGAUGCUCAAAGUCCUUCUCCAUCUCCUGGCAAGUUUGGUUCAAAGCAGAGUAAAAAGAAAAUUGCUGAAACGGAUGCUGAAACAGGCGGUACACCGAUGGAUGGGUGUGAGGAUGGGCCUUGCCUCACAGAUGAGGCUAGUAACGAUGGUAUAGAUGAUAAGAGAGGAUCGGAGAAGUCUAAAAAGGCUAACACAAGUGCAAAAACGGAUAAGAAAAACUUGAAGUCACCACGGCCAAUUGGCCCUGGCCCAACAGCAACUCAGCAGAUUUACUCUUUUCCUCCUGGAAACCCAAAUUCUUCCCCGGGGCUUACCCAAAUGAUGCAAGGAAUCCCUAAGAGUCCCCAAAUGAAAGGCACACAGCCUAAACCCCCUGCCAUUGGAGAUCCUGCCUCCAGUAGCUCCAAAGACAAGAAGAAGAAAGACAAAAAGAAAAAAGAUGGUGGAAAGGAAGCUGAUAGCCCCAAGCCUCCAGGAAAGGGAGGAAAACUGGAGGAAGGAAAGCUUCCGUACUCAGAGCCUUGCGAUCAGGGGAGUAAGGGGGAAGGGCUUCUUAACGGCUCGUCAGAAACUCAUCAAAGUCGCUUGGCCAGUAUAAAGGCUGAAGCUGACAAGAUUUACAGCUUUUCUGACAACGCCCCAAGCCCAUCCAUUGGUGUUGCCAGUCGAAUAGAUGGUAGUGGGAUUCCACAGACUCUCACGCCACUUCACGUAGUGAACCAGAAUGGUGCUGACAACUCUUCAGUCAAAACCAACAGCCCAGCAUAUUCAGACAUUUCAGAUGCUGGUGAAGAUGGUGAAGGGAAACUAGAAGCUGUUAAAGUCAGGACAGAGGACCAAGCCAUCAGGGAAAGUGUCAAAAAGGCACUGUUUCCAAAUCAGACACCCAACAAAGAUUCUCCUUACUAUCCUGGGUAUGACACUUAUUACUCACCCAAUUAUGUCAACCCCAGUCCUGGUGGGCCCAAUCCAGGUACAACAGCUGCCGAAGGUCAGGUAAAGAUUAAAAGGGAUGAUGAGCAGGAUCAAGUUGAGGAAAAAGUCAAGGUUGAGGUUCAUGAAGAUCGCAAACCUGACAGCACUGCUCCUGCACAACAGCAGCAGCAACCCUCAGUCAUCCAACAGCGAUCUAACAUGUACAUGCAGCCUCUGUACUACAACCAGUAUGCUUACGUCCCUCCGUACGCAUACCAUCCUGAUCAAGCCUACCUGAUGAGCACCAACCCAGCCUACCGGCAACCGUAUGAGGAACGCCAGCGACAGAUGGCUGAGCAGCAUCGUGCUGCUGAGAAGAAGUCAGAUGUGGCCAUGAAAGAGCGAGAAUCUUCCAUGAAGGAUGAGUGGAAACAAAAAAGCCUGAUGCCGCCAAGCCUUUCCAAAACCCCAAGUCAGUCAGACCUUGGAAAGGCGCAGCAGCAACCAAGCAAAUCCAGGGAUUCCCCCUCUGAGCCGACCUCCAAAUCCAUGGGAACCAUAAAGGGGGAGGACUCAAAGUCCCAACAACCCGAGGGACUAAAGAUGAAGCUGACUGAAGGAGGUCACCAUGGAAAGGAAGAUCCCAAGCAAGCACUUGAAUCCAGAGGGCAGGCAGGGCUGGAGCAGGCCAUGUGGUUCAGACAGCAGUACCCUGAGAGCCAGAAGUCUCAAGCAGAAGAUGAGCACCAGCAACAACAUGCUCGAUGGAAAGACCGGGAACAUGAUCGUAAAUUGAAGGAUGAAAGGCCCAGGCCCAAGGACAGUCAAAGUGGGCCCAAGGAGGACAGCAAAGAGAGCAGUGAUCCCAGAAUCACUUCUGAAGAUCAUCGUGCUAUGAGCAAAGACUCUCGUUCUAAUCCCCAUAUGCAGUUCUCAUCACCACUAGCACAGCACCAAGGCUACAUGCCCUACAUGCAUGGUUACCCCUAUGGACAAGGCUAUGACCCCAACCACCCUGGAUACAGGGGAAUGCCUUCGGUCAUGAUGCAGAAUUACCCAGGUUCUUAUCUACCUGGAGGUUAUCCCUUUUCCCCAUAUGGGAGUAAAAUUGCCGGAACCGAGGAAGGCAGUGACAAAUCUCGUGCUAGCCCUACUGUCACCAAAACGGCAACAGACUCGAAAGCCCUGGACAACCUACAUCUGCAUACCAGCCAGUACAAGAGCAAAUCCCCCACAGUAGGUGACAAGCCACCCCACGACAGGGAAAGAGAGCAGGACAGGGGAGCUUCGGGAGACAGGGAUCGGGAGAGGGAGCGAGAUGUGGACCGACCGCGAUCCUCACCCUCCCAGCGGAUCAUGCCCUCUCACCACCACCUGGGAUAUCCCCUGCAAUAUGACCUGUCCUACGCCACAGGAAAACCUGACCGUCACACCUCAACCCUGCAAAGAUUCAUAUGACUGGAUCACAUGAGAACAAGAUCUCCCGGGUGUUACCUUUUAGACAUCAGUUGAAUGGUGUUUCUAUCUAUAUUUUUUAGUUCUUCUGUCCCAAGGAAAGGCAGACUGUUGUUGCUGUUGUUGUUGUUUUUUUUCUCCCUCCCCCUCCUCUCGUUAAAGACCCCAAAUUCUCCAAACCUUGGUCUGUACCAGAACUGAUAAUAUAACCCAGGUUCAAAGCCAUCACUCUGCCCUGUCACGCAGAGGAAACACCAACCCGCUGAUUAUCUAGUCUUUGCACUGUCAACAAAUGCAAUGCAAAAAGAGACUAUUGGACUGCCAGAACAGCUUUUUGUUGUUGUUUUUUGUUGUUGUUGUAUUUUUCUCCUUGGACU